AAGAAACUUUACCAGUGCGCGAACACGGACCGAUCGUUCCUGGUUUUUUCUACCAGCUUCAGCUCAGCCCAAGUGGAAGGUACACCGACACCAAUCGUUUCAGGGAGGGCUUCCAAAAUCCCUCCCAUUUACGAACGUCCAACAACCAGCAACAUUUCAGUUGAGGAAGGAGGUGUUCUUAAUAAAUCAAAGUCAUGCAGUGUUCAGGCGCAACAGUUAUCUGUUACUCGUGGCGUGAGAUCGCGGCCACCGGGCGAUGUCACCUUGACGAAGGUGGAAACUGUACCUCUGCUAAGCCCGACAAUGGAGGGCGAGCUUUUGAAAGAGCCCUGGACGUUCCCGCGCACAAAGACGAGCUCGGCAAAAGCAGAGGACACCGCGGCGCUCUCCGCCUGGGAGGAAGAUUUUCAGGAUCUGAGCGACUGGUGCAUGGACACGUUCCAGGGUCAAUGCGAUUUUCAUAUAGGUGAAUCGACUACGUUUAAACUAUCAGGUACGAAAUACGAGGGUAACAGCGUUUCAACUGUAGAAAAGGAGGGAUUGAAGAAUUUGAGGAGUACAAAUGGCGAUGAGAAGGGGGAUUUGAAAAUGAAUACUGUUAAGACCGAUAAGUCAAGUGACAAUCAUCGCUUGAUGCUAUCUCCAUCGAAAAUGGUUAAGGAAUACGCGAUAGGGUAUACUAAUGAAGAAAACAACGUAUCCAGCUGGUUAAUGUCACCCGAAUCUACAGCUUCUACAAGCACCUUGUCGAGUAAACAGCAUAAUGCGGACGUUAGCGCGCCUAUCGAGAGUCCCAAGAGCGGCGAUUUGGCCUCCCCAACUUCGUUCGGCACCAUCGUGAACCAGCGCGAAAUGUGGGAUGAGCUACGCACGAUCGAGACAACUGGAUCGGACACGUUCGACUUACUGUCGUACCUUUGGGAAGAUGAGAUGCGAUCAGCGGAAGGCAGCGUUUCCACCGAUUCCUCGGUGAUGCCGAAGCUCAGGCCGCACGCGACUUCCACGAAGGUGAAGACAGAGCAGAUCGACGAGCCGACGCCACCGAUGCGUCGAAGGAUGGAAACGCGCGCGUCGUCAACGGUGACCUCGUCCUCGGCGGAAGCUCUCACAACGCCGUCGCGAAGAUCUGAGCGAACCAGGGCCGCUAACAGUCAGGAAAGAGAGGACAUGCCUCUCAUCAAAGCGAAGACAAGGGACAAGAAUGGCAGGAAAAGAUACUACGAGAGCGAUUCCGAGGACGAUACUGCCCUCUCGCAAUACAGGGAAUGCCGCGAGAAGAACAACGAGGCCUCGCGACGAUCGCGAAUGAACAAGAAGGCGAAGGAAUCGGAAAUGUCUGUUAGGGCGAUCGAAUUGGAAAGGGACAACAAGGUAUUGAAGAUGAAGGUUGAGGAGCUGGAGAAGCUGGUGAUAUCGAUGCGCACUGCGCUAUUGCGAUCCGCUUUGAGGAAAGAAUUUUAAGUACGCGUUUACUCGACAUCUAGACGAUUCCGAGCUGUCGCGCAUAAUCUAUAAAUAAUUACAUCACACACGACUUUCUGUUUUGUCAUGCAUGCGCCAUUAUAAUGCGAUACUUAUUUGCCUUAAUUGUCAUAAUACGGGGUUAAUGGCGCCCUUGAGGCUUAUUGUUACUCGUUAAUUUGAUAUUUUAUCGAGAGACGUUCUGUCGAUAGCGUCUCUACGUCAGAUAUCUAUAUCUUUGCGCAAUUUAAUCGUCCCCAGGCUGAACUGUCCACGGGCAAGCGAUACUACUAAUUGUACGCCGCUGUAACGCGCGUUAAAAGUGCAACGUUUGGCUUGCUUUACGUCGGUACACGGAGAUAUUGUAUAUUAAAUGAGAGUUUAUUUUGCUAUAACGAAGGAAAUACUGAAAUUAGAACGUAUUUUACAAAAUACACACACAUUAUAUAUGUAUAUAUAUAUAUAUAUGACUUAUAAGUUACUUUGUAUACAUCAGAGAGGUACUACACGAGCGAGGAGCAGGCAUACGAUUUCAAAUCUAACGAUGUAUCGAGGGGAGGAUUUUCAUUCGAACAAAAUCGUAUGGUCAUAUUUUGUUCAGCCUUGUAUUGUACCUGAUAUACUGAAGAAAAGGAAAAAAAAAAGACACACACACUUACAUGCAUAUAGAAUUUUAUCGCAGGAAAGCGUGUAAUUGGUAAAUAGUUUUCUACUGGUGUGGAGAUUCAAUGAUAUUAAUAUGAUAUAAGAGCAAAAAAGAGACCCAAUAAAAACUUUAUUUUGAAAAA